AUGAAAUCUUCAUAUCUAUCUAUCGACUUGGGUUAUUCUUAUCUUUCUAUCUCAAUUUCCACAUGUCUAUCCGCCUUUCUGUUUCAAAUCUUUAUCAACGUCUCCUUUAAUCAUAUCUACUUGAUUGUUUUCAUUUAUUUUUUGUUCUGUUCAUUAAUCCGUUCUUUCUUUCUUUCUUUCUUUCUUUCUUUCUUUCUUUCUUUCCAAACAUUCUUUCUUUCUUUCUUUCUUUUUUCUUUCUUUCUUUCUUUCUUUCUUUCUUUCUUUCUUUCUUUCUUUCUUUUUUCUUUCUUUGAAAAGUGUUUCCUUUCUAUCCAACCAGGAUUCUUUCUUUCUUUCUUUCUUUCUUUCUUUCUUUCUUUCUUUCUUUCAUCCUUACAGUCUUUCUUUCGUUUCUUUCUUUCUUUCUUUCUUUCUUUCUUUCUUUCUUUCUUUCUUUCUUUCUUUUUUCUUUCUUUGAAAAAUGUUUCCUUUCUAUCCAACAAAGAUUCUUUCUUUCUUUCUUUCUUUCUUUCUUUCUUUCCAAACAUGUUUUUUCCUAUCCAACCAAGAUACUUUCUUUCUUUCUUUCUUUCUUUGAAAAAUGUUUCCUUUCUAUCCAACCAAGAUUCUUUCUUUCUUUCUUUCUUUCUUUCUUUCUUUCUUUCUUUCUUUCUUUCUUUCUUUCAUCAUGUAACACUCUUUUAUAAAGUUCCUUCUCUUUAG